AUGUCGCGUACUUUCGCGAACAAGCGUCUGAGCAAAGAGCUUCUUAAGAUGCAAACGCACAACGCACCUGGGAUUACCAUUGUCAAAUCCGACAGCCUUGAAGUCUGGGAGAUGGACAUCAAGGUUUUAGACGACAACCCACUAUACAAAGACCAGACCCAUCGCCUCCGGCUGCACUUCUCUGCCAGCUAUCCCAUCGAGCCCCCGGAGGUCCAAUUUAUUGCGCUUCCAUCCAGCUCCGGCACUCCCCGCACCAUCCCCAUUCACCCCCACAUUUACAGCAAUGGUAUCAUCUGCCUCGAUCUGCUGAGCCGUUCGGGUUGGUCCCCAGUGCAGACUGCCGAGAGCGUCUGCAUUAGCCUCCAGAGCAUGUUGACUGCCAAUACGAGCUCACAGCGCCCCAAGGGUGACGACGAGUUUGUGGCCAAUAACCGUCAACGAAUCAAGGAUAUCAAGUUCGUUUACGAUGAUGACAACGUCUGA